ACACAGAGCUUUGAUAUUCUUUAGGAAACAAUUGAAAAAUUGCACCCUCUGCCUUGGAUUCUGAACCAGAUAACAGAGUCACUGGGCCCUGAGAUGCAUCAAAUCACAAUUAACAGCCCGAGGAAACAAUCCAAGCCAAUGUACAUUCCUCCAAAAGACUUGAGCAAAUUUAGCCCUCACCAAUCAUCCCUCCAGCAGCUUCCUCAGGACUCCAAGAGCCCAAGAGAUGGAGAUGUCAAAGCUUGGAGGAGGAAGCCAGUCACCAGAACUCAAAGUGCUCCACACAGACGUCCUGAAAAAAAACUGAAGAGGCAGACAAGUUCUGAAGCUCUUCCCACAACUAACCAUGAACAAGAUUUGGAAACAAACCAGCCCCUCAUCUCAUCGCCAAAAACAAGUGAAGCGAUCAAACCAUGUGCACCAGUUCCCUGGAUUAAAGACAUACAAAACAGGGAGCCCAGAGAGAACCAGUCUGGGCAGGAGGAACUCAGCUUACUCGACAGGCAUGCCCAAGAAUUGUCAGCGCUUCGCCUGGGAAUGGACCAAGUGACUGAGCGUGAGCUGGAAAUGGCAAAGCGACUGGAGGACUUCAUUAACCAAACUCAAGACCAGAAUGCAAUACUGCAGGCGGAAAUGAAUGAGCUCCGGAAUCUGCUGGCUGUGCGAGAGGAGCAGCUUGCUAGCGCCACCUUCAGGUUGGGUGUGAUUGAGGAGGAGAGAGAGGAUGAUGAGCGCAAGCUGAAUGUCGCAGUUGCAGCAGCUGAGCGGAUGAACAUACUGGUAAGACACUAGAAAAUAGGGUGAGCGUGUGUGUGUGUGUGCGUGCGUGUGUGUGUGUGCGUGUGUGU